UCCGGUAUUAGCACUGCAGCUCACGUAGCUUUUAUUUUGAUAAAUAAAUGUUUCUGUCUUUUUAAUCUAUUUCCUCUAAAGUUUCGCCUCAAGGUAUUUUAGUUCCUUAACAGUACACUCUGCAGGCUAAGCAGUUAUAAUCCAAAUAAUAAACAAAGGAUCCAACAUGGGCAUCCUCAUGUCUAAAUCCAUGGAUGCAAACUUACAAAAGCAGCAGGAGUUCAUGCUUCAUAAUUCACGGCUGCAGAUGGAGCGUCAGAUCCUGAUGCAGAACCAGAUGAGAGAGAGACAGAUGGCCAUGCAGAUCGCCUGGUCCAGAGAGUUUCUCAAAUACUUCGGCUCCUUCUUUGCAGUGGCCACAUUGGGACUAACAGCAGGAGCCAUUAAAAGCAGAAAAGUUGGCAUGAUGGCUCCGAUUGUUCCUCUCAGCAUCAUACUUGCCUAUCAGAUGGACAACGCCUAUGGGACGCUCAUCUAUCGGAUGAGAGGCGAGGCCGAGAAUAUCAUGGCGUCUGAGCACGACCGUUUGGACCUGCCUCUGGGAAUGCCAACAUUUGAGAGCAUAGAGAAGGCCCGGCGUGCCAAAAGCGCCCUCAUCUCCCUUUUGGAGAAGUGAUGCAUUGGUUGUGACACGAGUCAAGAUCCAAACCGUCCAACCGGUGCGUUCACCUGUGCUAUUUUUGUUUCAUCAUAGAGAACAGCUGUCAGGUCUGAUCGGACUUCUUUAAAAGUCUUGGAGGCCGCGGUUUGCACCAAGUCCACAUCACGGACCUUUAAAUAAAUCUGUAGCCGUUUUGAUUUGUAUUGUUGAAAGCUGAUUGGUGGAGGCAGAAUACUAAUUCAGAUGAGUUAAUUAUGUGUACAUUUACUGUGCUGUAAUGGGAUAAAAUAUAAUUGAUAAUAAUAAGCAAACGUUCAAUAGCAGACAAAUUGCUCCUGGCAAAGUCUGUAGUUAAUGAUUCAGGCCACUAGGGGACAGAAAAACUGAAUAACUGUCAAUUAUUGAUGGAUACAACAUCUCAUCUGUUCAGUAAUUCUUCUGUUUGAUAACUCAGAGGGUCUUUGAUAGUGGACCAUCAUACCAAAGCUUUUUAUUCAUACAUUUUAUUUGCUAUUUAAACCAGUUGCAUUUGACAUUGAAAGUAAUUGUAAAGGUAAUAAAAGAAAUCUUGCAAUAAA